AUGUCAAAAAAGUCAAGUUCAGAUAAGAAGAAGAAGAGUAAAUCAAGCUCUAGUUCAUCAUCUUCAUCGUCAUCGUCAACAUCACAAAACGCAUCAUCUAGUGUCAUCAAUACAAAUGGCUAUCAACCAUUACCAACUACUAUGACUUUACCAGUCGAACAACUAUUAUCUUUUGCUCCAGAAUGUAUAUUGUUUUCACAAUUAUUAGAGUUUGAAAAGAAAUUAGAUUCAUCGAUUACAAAGAGAUUGAUUGAUAUGCAAGAAGCACAAAAGACAAGAUCAAACAAGACAUUUAGAACACUGAGAUUGUCAAUCUACAACACAUGUGCCAAUCAAACUGCAUUCUAUCAUCUAGACAACAAGGCAAUGUUGUCGGUGCAAGACAAGCCAUCAUGGACUCUUCGUGUAGAAGGUAAACUAUUGGAAGACACUCAAUUGUAUCAAAGUGGAAAGAGUAGUUCUCGUUCAUCUGGUAUGGGUGGUCUACAAACACAAAAGAGAAAGUUCUCUUCAUUCUUUAAAAAGAUUUUCUUUCAAUUGGGUCAUAGAGAUAGUUGUGAGUGGGAUAAAUCACAAUCACCAUCAGAUACAGAUGGAUUUGAAAUAAAGAGAAAUGGAAAUCAAGAAAUUGAUAUAAAGAUAUUAAUGUAUUUAGAUCAUACACCACAAAAGAAUAAGGUAUUGGGACCAUUAUCAACAUUACUUCAUAUACAUACAGACACUAAACCAAAGAUUAUUUCAGCAUUAUGGAAUUAUAUAAAAGUGAAUAGAUUAUUGGAUUUGGAAAGUAAAAAGGUUCUUUGUGAUGAUCAAUUAAAGAAUAUAUUCGGAGUUGAUAGUAUGCAAUUUAAUCAAAUACCACAAUUAUUAAGAGAACAUUUGGGACCAGCAGAUCCAUUAGAAUUUAGUUAUCAAUUAAAAUUAACAGGCGAUCCAAGAGAUUUUGAACAGGCUUAUGAUAUUUCAGUAGAGGUUGAUGAUCAAAUGUUUGGACAACCAACUUCAUUGCCAAGAAAAGAGAUUGCACCAUUGGACGAGGAAAUCAACCAAACCAUCGUCAAAAUACACAACCACAAACGAAAGAGAGAGUUUAUGGACCAAUUAUCAGAGGAUCCCAUUUCUUUCCUCUCUGACGUCUGUAUCCACCAACUCAAAGAUUACCAAAUCUCAAAGUCACUACCAUCCACUGGCUUUGAAGAAGAGAGACAUUCUUCAUUCUACUAUCAACCAAUGAUGGAUGACAUCGUCACUAAAUAUCUUUCAAAACAUAACAAUGAAACCCCAACUCCUCAAACUGUAAUCCCAUCAACUCCUCAAGCCGAUAGUAGUUAA